CAUAAACUUUUUCACUUGUAAAAUAUCCAACUUUUUACUUCUGCUUCAGUCUAUCGCGAGAAGUAAAUCGAGUAGGAUGUUGUAUCGUCUUAGCAGAGAAAGUUGAAAGUUUUUGAUAAAGAAAAUAUUUUUAAAAAAACGUGAAAAAAUAAUGGUCAUCGUUGGAAAAUUAUUUAUGUUGUGAUUAAGACAUUGGAGAGAAAUUAAUUUUGAAGUCAAUAGCUUCUUAUACAAUUAUCAGUGACCAAAACCUCAAAUAGCAGUUUUGCAAUUUUGUGAAAGUUUUACAUAUAACUUCUUUCAUUGUGUCUUAAAGCGUGCAUAGAAAUUUAAUUAUUCUGCAAGAAGAGUUUCACAUCUCAAAGUUUGACCUUUAAUUCAUACAAUUUUUGGAUUAUAAAUUAUUCUUAAAAAACGACAAAAGCUCUUCAAUGCUAAAGGAAACAGAGUUAAGGAAUUGAAUUACCAAUGAACACUAUCUGAGCACAGACAAAAAAAAUAAGAAACCGAAGAAACUCAUACAUGAGCUUUAAUUAAUUAAGAUUGUUUCUUAAAAAUUUGAUUAAUUAGUGGUAAUAGUAAUUAAAUGUUUUCAUAACAAUGAAAAGGCAAACAGAACUUAAAAGUGGCCGUUGUGGCAACAACUUUAGACCUUCAACCAAAUCAUCUGUGUUACUUGUGCUUACAACGUUCUUAUUAGUCAUUCACGUGGUGAAAUCUUCGACGAUUAACGAGGAAGAAGAGACAACAGACAACAAUAGAUAUUUAAACAACAAUCCAAAUGGCUUAACGUAUUGCCAGCAACUGAGAAGCUAUGAAUCGAGACGUUCAAAAUCUUUAGGGCGUGAAGGAAGAAAUGUGAGAAUACCGAAAUGUUCCCAAGUCGGAUCAUUUGAGCCUGUACAAUGUUCGAACGAAUUAAACAGCUCAGAAUGCUUCUGCGUGGAUGAAUACGGUGUUGAAAUUCCUGGCACAAGAGUUGAAAGCGAAGAGAAAACAAACUGCAGCGCACCAAUGAAUAAUUGUUCAGCUGCAUCAUGUCGAAUGUUUUGCCCUUCGGGUUUUGCACGCGAUUUAUCAAGUGGUUGUCCAAUUUGCAAGUGCAGAGACCCAUGCAAUGGUGUAAAAUGUCCCAAUGGUCAAGCAUGCGAACCAGUUGAAGUUGAUUGUAAAGACGAUCCAUGUCCACCGAUCCCAACCUGUCGUAAAUCGAGAAGUUUCAAAGAACUUUGUCCCGCUGGUUCGCCGCUUUCUAUUGUCGGUACAAUCCGUCCAUUUUUAUGUGGCACUGACCCUGGUAAGCCAAUGUGCCCCCCACUUUACAAAUGCAUCGUUCAAACAGGAAACGAUUACGGAGUUUGUUGCCCAGCAUCAUUGAAAUAUGAGAAACCUGGAACAUGUCCAAGUGAAGACGAAGUUAUCUCGUCACCUGACACUGGCAUCAUGUGUGGCAGUCCUUGUUCUCAUGACUUGGAAUGCCCACAAAUGCAAAAAUGUUGUGGUUCAACAGUUUGUGGUCAAACAUGUCAACAAACAAAAGACUCGACAUUGUGUCAUCAAGCGAAACUUCAGUCAGAGAUUCUUUCGAUAAGCGAACGUGAGGGACGAGGAUACAUACCGCAAUGCGAUGAAAAAAAUGGACAAUUUGUCGCACGUCAAUGUUCAAAUAACGGUCUUGUGUGUUGGUGUGUCAAUCCUCAAAACGGCAAUAAAAUUAAAGGAACAAUUGGUGCGGCAAAAUCGGUGACAUGCGACAACAUUGAAAAUCUUUUGAUUAGAUCAGGUGCGAGAAGUGUUGAUGGAGCCAAUCAAUGUGAUCAAAAUAUUUGUGCUGCAAUAUGCCAAUACGGAUUUAAAACUGAUCACAGCGGAUGUAGCACUUGUGAAUGCGAAGAACCUUGUGAAGGUUUUAAUUGCCCAGCAGGCUUUUCAUGUGAAAUUGCAAAAGAUCCAAAAUGUCUGUCAGGGUCAGGUUUGUGUCAAUCCGAGCCGAUUUGCAAACCAAACAUCAUUUAUUCAAAUCCAUGUAGCUUUGGAACGCCAUUGACGAGUAACAAAACCGACGAAGUUGUUUUCUGUCGAGCAGCUGAUUAUUCUUCUCCAGAGUAUCAAGCAAAGUCAUUUUAUGACGCAAGCGUGGAAAACUCAGAUGAUAGUUCUAAACAAACUUCAACUAAAUGUCCUGAGAAAUUUACUUGCACGAAGCUUUUGGGGCAAAGUGAAAGUGUUUGCUGUCCUAUUCAUGACGAUUCCGCUGUUGCUUCUGCUCAAACUGAAUCUGAAAUCUUCGAACGACCUCAGUCAAUGUGUGAGUAUUUGCGUGACUUCAGCGAUCGAAUGGAAGGGACUGAAGAAGGAAUGUCGUUGGCCUUGAGACCACCACGAUGCAAUCCCGAUGGAAGUUUCGUUUCAAUGCAAUGUCAGAUUAUACGAGUUGCACUUACAAAAUCUGAACAUAAAAAAGUUCUCGAACAGAAUAAUAUCCGUGAGAUGAGAAAAAUUUUCAUAAAUAGAAGGAAACGAGACAUUCAAACUUUGAAGCUUGUCAGAGUUGAUAAUGGACAAGACUUUGGAACGACUGCAAAUCCCGAAGCUGACAUGAUUGUCGACUUUUUAAGAAAGAAGAUUUUUGAAUCACCUGAAAAAUUCUUAACUGACUUAUUUGGUGAUCAAAGUGAAGAAUGUAAUAAAGUUAAAGAUAAUUUGGAGUGUCUUGAUUUGACAUGUCGAAUGGGUUGCGACUAUGGAUUCAUUCUUGAUCCUGAAACGCAAUGCCCAACAUGCAGUUGCAGAGAUCCAUGCGAAAGUGUUCAAUGUGAAGAGUCUGAAGAAUGCCGAACAGUUGAAGUUUCAUGUGAAGGCGAAUAUUGUCCACCAGUGCCAGCAUGUUUCCCUAAAAAGCAAGGCCAAUGUCCAUUCCUUGUUCCACCAGCUGGUGAAGAUUCCGAAGACGCUUGUGCAUAUGAAUGUCGAUCAGAUAAUCAUUGCUAUGGAUCGAAAAAAUGUUGCUCCAAUGGAUGUGGAACUGUUUGCAUUGAACCGCAAUUUAAAACAGCAUGUCAACAUCUACAAUCUAUUCAAAUACAUCAAGCAAUCGAAUUAGGUAUGCCAGCUAAACAAAAAUACAUCGCACAAUGCAACGAUGACGGAUCGUGGAAAACAAUACAAUGUGGACCGAACAAUGUCUGUUGGUGUGUCGAUGACAGAGGAAAUGAGAAAAGUGGCACGCGAACAACUGAAGGCAUACCCAAUUGUUCCGCUGCAAAAACUUCCCAUUGUCCACAGUUGAAAUGUAAAUCAUGCGAACAUGGAUUUGAGUUCGAUGAAAAUGGUUGUAAAACUUGUGAAUGUAAGGAUUUGUGUAAGGAAAUAAAAUGUCCAUUAGAUGAACAAUGCGAACUUGUGCAAGUUGAAUGCAUCAACAGCAAUAACAACACACAACCAUGUCCAAGAAUGCCAAUCUGUACACCACUACGUGACUCUGUUUGUACUGAAGGUUUACCUUUGAAACUCAAUGGAAGGGAAAUUAAUUGUGGACCUGAAGCUGAUGCUUGUCCAACAACACAUUCCUGCAACUUAAAUCCCAUCACAAAACGAGGCGUUUGCUGUGCAAAAGGUCGUGACGUUUGCUUCGAAUCUGUGGAUUCAAUUUGCAAUGUUAGUGAGGAUGAUGGAACAGAAACUGUUGUGAAAUAUCGAUUCAACCCACGCGUCAACAAAUGUACACCUGUUCGCUUGUCAAAGACAAAAAAUUCUUCAUGCAUCAGCAAAAAUCUCUUCCACAGUGAAAAAGCUUGUCGAUCAGUGUGCCCAAUUCUAUCACAAUGUGAGAGAUUGAAGUUGAAGAAUUCAAUUGCUGCACGAAGACGAGCUGAUAAAUCUGACAUUUGGUUCCGACCCAGAUGUGAUCCAGAGAAUGGAUCGUGGAGUGCUGUUCAAUGCAUUGGUGAAAAUACAAAUGAAAAUACUCGAGUCUGUUGGUGUGCUGAUAAGAAAGGAUCGCCGAUUAAAGGAUCAUUGACGAAGGGACAAGAACCAGUUUGUAAUCAUCGUCAAGCACGAAUGCAAGCUCGAAUGCAUGUUGAAGAAGCAGAUCCAAUGAUGGAAGAACUUAUUCGUCAAAUCACCUUCUUGACUGAUGAAAGUAACUUCCUUGAUGAAGAUGAAGUGAAAAAUGAAGCGAUUGGAGGUGCAACUGAAAGGAUUUUUGAUGUGUCAGGGAAAUUAGGACAAAGCAGUCAACGACUUAUUGCUUCUACUACACGUUGUGACGCUCUUCGAUCAACAGCACAUUUCGUUGUCAAUUGUGACGAAGAAGGAAACUUUCUCGCAACACAAUGCAAUCUCGAUACGUGUUGGUGUGUAGACGAAGCUGGAAAUCAACUUCCAUGGAGUAGCACUUUUAGAAAAGGAACGAAAAAUUGUGAACACACAAAACUUGAUGCUGUAGAAAUUGAACUUCAUCUGACAAAUCCAAAUGAAGUUAAAUUAAGGAAUUUGUACGAUGUUUUGAACGAAGAUUUGAAGAAUCUUGUUGGUGAUGGAUUCAUGAACUUCCGUGUGCAAGAAAAUUCAGAUAAAAGUGUGACAAUGAAGUUUGAUUUAGUAGAUGAACAUAAAACCAAUCAAGCUUUUGCUAUUGAAGAAAUGAGUAAAGAACAAAACUUAUUCUUGUUCCAUGGAAUGCUUCGGCCCGACAUCACACAGUCGAAAUUCUCUCACAAAAUACCGAUGACAAAUAUUCAAGACGCUCAAAAAUCUUCACUUGGCAUUCCACAAAACACAUUUCAUACGAUUGUGUUCAUCAUUGCGACAUCAUCAGCAUUCAUGAUUAGCAUUCUCGUGAUUUACGUGAUGCUCAAGAAAGGAAAAAGCAAGGACAAAUUGCAUUAUGUGAAUAAUAAAAAUAUUCAUUCGGGUGAUAAGUAUAUCGAUUACACAUCGCCCAUAUUUGUUUUAAGUGCCAAUGACGUACCAAGAACCAGUAAAAGUAGUUGAACAUAAGUCUUAAUUAUAGCGAGUCUUUAAAUUUAUUCAAAAGUUUGUCAGUUUUUUUUAUUAUUUGAUGGUUUAUAAAACCUUCACAUAUUUGAAAUCGCACAAGAAUUUCUUAAUAAAAUUGACAUGAACACAUCUGACGAAGGCACACAAAUUCGUCCCAUGUGAUCAUGCUGAUCGCUGUUAGUUUUUAAAUGACAAUUUCUUUAGUUGUGCUUGAUUGAUUUAUCGUGAAAGUGAAAAUAAAAUUUCUUUAUUUAUUGUAUGAUAAACUUUGUGUUGAAAUAAAAUUUCUUAGAAAUAAAUCGAAAGAAUUUUAAUUUUCCACUUAUUUACUUAAAGCUUGAUCAAGAUCAGCAAUCAAAUCUUCGAUAUCUU